GGAACCAUGUUUUUGGUUAUGACCAGUUUUUCAGGCACAAGAUCAUGGAGAAGAAACAGGACCACACCUACCGUGUGUUCAAGACUGUAAACCGCUGGGCUGAUGCAUACCCGUUUGCCCAACACUUUUCUGAGGCCUCUGUGGCCUCAAAGGAUGUGUCUGUCUGGUGCAGUAAUGAUUAUCUAGGCAUGAGCCGACACCCUCGGGUUUUGCAAGCUACACAGGAGACUCUGCAGCGUCACGGAGCUGGAGCUGGUGGUACCCGCAAUAUCUCAGGUACCAGUAAGUUUCAUGUGGAGCUGGAGCAAGAGCUGGCUGAGCUGCACCAAAAAGGUGCAGCCCUACUCUUCUCUUCCUGCUUUGUGGCCAAUGACUCUACUCUCUUCACCCUGGCAAAGAUCCUUCCAGGGUGUGAGAUUUACUCAGAUGCAGGCAAUCAUGCUUCAAUGAUCCAAGGUAUCCGCAACAGUGGAGCAGCCAAGUUUGUCUUCAGGCACAAUGACCCUGACCACCUGAAGAAACUUCUAAAGGAGUCCAACCCUAAUACACCUAAAAUUGUGGCCUUUGAGACUGUUCACUCCAUGGAUGGUGCCAUCUGUCCCCUUGAGGAGUUGUGUGAUGUGGCUCACCAGUAUGGGGCUCUGACUUUCGUAGAUGAGGUUCAUGCUGUAGGACUAUAUGGGUCCCGGGGUGCUGGAAUUGGGGAGCGUGAUGGAGUCAUGCACAAGAUUGACAUCGUCUCUGGAACUCUUGGCAAGGCCUUUGGCUGUGUGGGGGGCUACAUCGCCAGCACCUGUGACUUGGUGGACAUGAUACGCUCCUAUGCUGCUGGCUUCAUCUUCACCACCUCACUGCCUCCCAUGGUGCUCUCUGGAGCUCUGGAAUCUGUGAGACUGCUCAAGGGAGAGGAGGGCCAAGCCCUGAGGCGAGCCCACCAGCGAAAUGUCAAGCACAUGCGCCAGCUACUAAUGGACAGGGGCCUUCCCAUCAUUCCCUGCCCCAGCCACAUCAUCCCCAUUCGGGUGGGUGAUGCAGCACUGAACAGCAAGAUCUGUGAUCUUCUGCUCUCCAAGCAUGGUAUCUAUGUGCAGGCCAUCAACUACCCAACUGUCCCCCGAGGUGAAGAGCUGCUGCGCCUAGCACCCUCCCCCCACCAUAGCCCUCAGAUGAUGGAUGACUUUGUGGAGAAGCUGCUGGUAGCCUGGAAUGAGGUGGGGCUGCCUCUCCAGGAUGCGUCUAUGGCUGCCUGCAAUUUCUGUCACAGGCCUGUGCACUUUGAGCUUAUGAGUGAAUGGGAACGUUCCUACUUUGGAAACAUGGGGCCCCAGUAUGUCACCACCUAUGCCUGAGAAGCCAGCUGCCUCAAAGCCCCACCCCAUCUGCACUUCACAUGAGACUGAGCCUCCUCCUCUGUCUUCUGCUUUAUUGUGUGCCUCUAGCUGACAAGUCUAAAAAUAAAGAACAAACUGCA